GAUCUGAGAUCAGGCUCAGAGGACGACAGGUAACGCGAACAUCUGAACACUAAUGGAGGAAACUGUGGUCAAAUACAGACACUGUGGAAGAGAUGUGUACAGUUUCUCCUCGUAUUCUCAGUGUCAGUGUCCGAUCUGUCAUCAGACUCCAACUCUCGGACUGUUAAACGCGCCUGUCGCGCUUUCCUGCCCGUUUACUAAUGGACACAAAGUCUCAUGUGCGUUUCUCAUAGGAUCUAUUCACGGACCAUCAUAUAUUGGAGAAUGGAGUGACACCGAGAUACACGUGGGUCUUUCAAACUCAGAAGGUCUGGUCUACAACUACACCCUGUCCGGGGUCCGCAGAGAUGCUGGCGGCUGGGAACGGUGUGUGUGUGUGUGUGUGUGUGACCGGCUCGCGAGAUCAUGGGACACUGAGCUGGAGAAGUUCUCUGUGCUUCCAGACUGGACUUCAGAACGGUUCGAGGAGGAGCGUGUGUCCGGCUCCUGCUGUUACGGGUUCGCUCUGAGCUUUAUAAACCACAUGCUCCCGCGGAUCGGCCAGCAGCCGCUGAGCAGAGACCAGUUCACCCAACGACACGUCUUACCCCGGAUCAAGACGGUUUCUCAGUACAUCAGCAUCUACCAUGCGAUAUCACAACAUGGGUUUUACACCGCGAACGCACCGGAUGACGUGUGAUGCACAUUUCCUCAUAAAACGCUAUAUAAUUUAAUAUACUGUAUAUAGGCCUAUUAUUUCCCUGCUCUUCAUGAAUGUAUUAAAACACAUGGUGUUCUUAGAGAACUCUAGGGUUCUUGAGUCAAUGCUAAAGAACACUCAAAGGUUCCGAAAGAAGGUUUUCGCAUAUAAGAACCAUUGCUUCCCAACAGAGGCGGUCAGUCAUCUGUUCGUAAGGCUAGAGCCCUGUGUGCGAUCGAGAGAUUCCCUGGAUGUUAAAGGCUCUUCAUGGAAUAAAGAAGCUUUA